CCAAAACCCUUCUUGAAAAUCUUUCAGUUAAACAAGGCAAAAAAUAUGAUCAUCCCGCAUCUGUUAAAGACAUAAAUGGAUUUAUUGAAUUUCAUAAUCUUAGCAGAGAUGAAAUUCUUGAUCCCAUCGAGUCAUUUAAAAAUUUCAAUGAAUUUUUUUAUCGCAAGUUGAAACCUGAAGCUAGAAAAUUGGAUUUCCCUAAUGAUCCUAGUAUUUUAGUUAGCCCGGCUGAUUGUCGUAUGAUGGCUUUCCCAACAAUCGAUGAAUCAAUCGAAUUAUGGAUUAAAGGUCAACAAUUUUCUAUUCAAAGGUUGUUAGGCGAUGAAAGUGCUGCCAAGGAAUUUGAAGGUGGUAGCUUGGGGAUUUUUAGAUUGGCUCCUCAAGAUUAUCACAGGUUUCAUUUUCCAGUAGAUGGUCGUAUUGGUGAAAAUAAACCUAUUGCUGGUGACUACUAUACUGUUAAUCCUAUGGCUAUUCGUUCAGAACUUGAUGUAUAUGGAGAAAACAAACGCUCUAUAACUUAUAUAGAUUCACCGAAAUUUGGCAAAGUAGCUUUUGUAGCUGUAGGUGCAAUGAUGGUGGGAUCUAUUGUUUAUACAAGUAAACCAUUUUCAGAUGUUAAGAGAUUGGAUGAACAUGGAUAUUUUGCUUUUGGUGGCAGUACAAUUAUUCUCCUCUUCCAAAAAGGUAAAACGGUAUUUGAUGAUGACAUAUUAGCAAAUUCAAAACAAUGUUUGGAAACUUUGGUUCGAGUUGGGACGCAUGUAGGAAGAAACCCAAGUCAUCAUUAA